AUGUCACUCCCGCCUCAGCAGUUCUCUGCGUUGCCCUUCUAGAUAGAGCUGGAGAAAAGCCACUAUUCAGAUCAUGAAAUCCGCAAGCAGGAGGAGGAGGAGCGGCUGAGGAGGAGGAAGGAAAGCACGUACGAUGAUGACGAAGCGCCCGGCAAAACGGUCAUCAUGGCUCAGGACCUGGAAGACAAGUGGGAACAGAAGUUACUGCGAUUUGAAGCCGCCCCGCGGAUAACAGAUGCUGAUAAAAACAAUGAUCGAACAUCAUUGAACAGGAGGCUGGACAGUAACCUGAUGCUUCUGGUGAAACAGAAGCCUGGAGAGACAAUGCGAAGCACAGCUGAGAGAGCCAUGGCUACGUUUUUGGGAGAUCACAUUCAAGCCAAAAUCCUGGGGAAUGCACCAUAUGGGAUUUACAAGUAUAAAUUCCCCAGGGCCAUCAGGACUGAGGAUAACGUGGGAGCCAAAGUAUUCUUCUUCAAAGCCUUCCUCCAAAGCAGUGAUUUGUCCCAGGCAGAGCUGAAGGAAGACUACCUGUGGGUCACAAAGGAUGAGCUGGGAGAUUACUUGAAGUCGGAAUACCUGAAAAAAGUCAGUCAGUUCCUUCUGGACUUGUAAGCGAUAGGCUGUGCUCCAGCAGAUGAGGAAGAUGUGGGAUGUGGCUCCAGGGAUGAACACAGCUGCUGCUUUGCAUGGUCUGUGCAUAUGGGAUGUUAACUCGGGCUCUGGAGGAUAAUUUGCCUUUGCCUUAUUUCCCAGUUUUCAGCAGGCCUGUAUUAAAUAAAUAUUAAAACUUAU